CAAUAACAAAAUCAUUUGAAAUACCUAAUAUAUCAUCAACUCAAUUGCAAAAUCCAAAUAAUAACCUUCAAGUGGUUAGAAAUUCUGCAAUUGUUAAAAGAAUAUUAUUGCCAGACAACCAAGAAAUCGCGUGUAAAUCUUACUCAAAUGAUUUCUCACAAGUUCAAAAUACUUUAGAAAUUUUAAUAAAAUCAAGUGUUUGUCCAAAAAUCCUCAAAUUCUACGGAAUUUCAAAGAAUAAUUACCAACUGAUGGCAAACUUUCAUUUUGCAAGAAUGAAAGAUGAUGUGACUACUUUUAUUAACCAGGAUCGGGAAAGUUUACGUUGGAUGGCUCCUGAAAAAAUGUUACAUUAUGAGAAAGAAAAUAUUGUUCGCUAUACUUACCAAUGUGAAUUAUUCAGGUAUGAACUCGAAAUUUAUAAGACUCCUUAUGAGAACAUGAAAUUGGAUGAUGUAAUUUCUCAUGUCACCAAUGGAAGAAGGGAAGAAAUUCCUGCCUACUCAUCAGAUAAAUCAGAGGAUUAUGAAAUUUAUCAAGAAUUUGUAAGAAUUAUUAAGACCG